CUCGGCCUCUGCCUACUCUUUCUUGAGUGUUUUGUUCGAAUAGCGGCUACCAGCACUGGCGGUGUGGCAUCGAGGAAAUGUUCGCGGAACAGCAUCAAUCUUGGCAAACUGAUCGACACCCUGCUCACCGACUAUGACGUCCAUCUGCUUCCCGAAUCGGAAGGCGUCAAUGUCACUAUAGAACUUCAUGUUCAGGGUGUGUCCGGUAUAUCAGAAAUCACCGGCGAUUUUUCAUUGGACGUCAUGUAUAGCGAGAUAUGGCAAGAUCCUCGACUUGCUUUCAAACAUCUCAAUGUCUGCGCUACGAACAUCACGCUGAAGUCUGAUUUUCGUAAACGAAUCUGGACACCGGACACAUGCAUUAUCAACAGCAAAUCGAGUUCUAUCCACAGUUCACCGUCUGAGAAUACGUUUGUGAUUCUAUACGAAAAUGGGCUCGUCUGGAGCAAUUUCAGGUUAAAUGUGAAAACCCCAUGUUCCGUAAAUCUGAAGAUGUUUCCUUUCGAUUCGUUAUCAUGUGAGAUUGUGUUGGAAAGCUAUUCGUUCAAUACAGACGAGGUGCGACUGCUUUGGCAUGACGUUCCUAUCACAAUGAUGGAAAAGGUAGAACUGCCUGAUUUCGACUUGAUUGGUUGGUCAACUGACCAUCAGCGGUUAGAAUAUCCCAACGGAAUCUGGGAUCGAGCAAAGGUGAAGUUCACGUUUGCUCGGCGUUACGGAUUCUACCUUUUCCAAUCGUAUUUUCCCACAUCACUGACGGUUAUCAGUUCAUGGGUCGGAUUCUUUUUUGAUGUUCGAUCUGUGUCGGCAAGGUAA